GUUUGUUUGAGCAUUCACGUUCAUGAGCUGAGCUUCGCACGCCGCCGCCUCAAACCUACAGGAAUUCCUUCGGCCAAGACCUUUGCAGGUCCACGCGCUACCGACCGCGCUUCGCCAUAGGUGAAAAGCCGCUUCAGUGCGGCAGCUUUCGCGAGACGAUCUUUGGUUCGUCCUUUGAGCCUUUGUUUGGUUGCACCUACUACUUGAUUGAAGAGGUCUAGGUGAUCUUUGUGGUGCUAGCUUAGGCUACCAGUGCGGUCCUUGCAUAUGGUACUCACGAGUGUAAAUCAUUUGGUAAUGCACAUUGAACAACAGUGCACAUAGUCCCAUUGACAAUGCAUCAAAAUAUGUGGGAACAUUCCAUGAUCCCAUCAAUGCGUUGCUAGCACUGGUGGCUGCAAUCUUGAGAUAGGCUCAUUGAGAUAUGCUCAUAUGUCAUAGAUGUUAGAAGCAUGAAGCUCAAAAAAAUUGGGGGCUAAACAAAUGGAGCGUCCCUCAUCGCCCUGGGCACGUUCAUCGGAUCUGGUGGGGGGGCGCGGAAAAAACGUUGGCGUGUUUUUUUCUUGGACAUGUUUUUUUUGUGCGCCCCCCUACACACACACAUCAGGAUCAAGGCCAAUGCAAGUCAGGACGCUGCAAGCUUGCUUAUUGUACAAGUCCAUAAUUGCCAACUUAGCUGUCCUUUCUUUGGUAGUUGUCUUCUCUUUGAUUUGUACAAGAACCUGUCCAAAGUCGCAGUUAUCGGCGCAGGCGCGCAUAACGCACACCCGUAUAACAUCCUUUUCUGAUUUUAUGUUCUCCUUCAAAUUUGUUAGUCAAUUUUGCUUGGGGUGCUUUAUUUCCGAUCUGUGGUGCCAGUGCCAACGAUGUUUUGUCAAGAUUUGGCAUCUAAAAUGCGUAAAGGUUCAUAAACAAAGGUCCUUGCCAUUUGUCAAGCAAGGUGAAGGUAUCCUUUUUGGGGCACGUUUGGUUGUGAUGGUGUCUGUGGGGAGAAGACACAGAGUGGCCGGGGAACUGAGCAGAGAGAAGGCAAGGGGGAGAGCAGGGCAGAAGAGCAAAGUCAUAGGUAGCAGGUAGGACAGAAGAACAGAAAAGGGCGGCCGUUUUGAGGGUCGGGAACAGCAACGCGCAGGGUUGGAGAACAAAAGAUGCAAAAAUAAUAAGGAAGGCGGAACAGCAUUAUUGAAUGCGGGAGCUGGCUAUUCUUUUUGUUGCUGCUUGCAAAUGUUUGGUGGCCGCGGUUUACUCGCAGGUGCGCUUGACGACUCACCGCCUGUUCUGGCGUGCUGUGGGGCACAACAGCUGGUUGGCACUACGUUUGGAUGCCAUUGAGAGCCUGGAGAAUUGGGGUGGAAUGCUUCGAUCCCUUCGCUGCAUGUUGAGACUGUCAUGUGGCACCCCAGCGUAUGUGAAGGGCUCCUCGGAACCAGUGACCCUAGAUCUUUUGAUGGAGGUUCGCACUGCUGUGCAGAAUGGACGGUGGUGUGAUGGUUCCUACGAGGUUGCAGCGCAGGCCGGUCUUCAGCGGCUUCUCAACAACCAGGUGUCCAAACAGCAGGCAACUGGGGCCACACUUGACGUUGCCUUGGCUGAUCUCGAUUCUUUGAGGCGACAUGCAGCAGAAGCCGCCAAAGCCGCAAAACAGGUUGUGUCUGGCCUUUCCCGACCAGGUGCUGGCUACGAAGGUGCAGCCCAGGUUGACAGCGACGUCAGCAAGCUGCUGGAGGACUUUGGCCUUUUGCAAGCGGAUGGCAGCACGAUUUCGAUGUCCGGUGGUCAAAAGAAGGAUGACAUCGUUGAAGAUGUUAGAAAGGUCUCUACAGCAGCCCUGGAGAAGAAGGGUGCUGGGUCACUGCUGUUGGCACAUGAUGUCUUUUGCUUGGUAAAUCGAGCACGAGGAACUGCAUUGGUGUCGCCUGGAGAGGUAAUACAGGCGUUGCGGUCCUGUUGCAAGCCUGGUGGGCCAUUGCGAAUGAGAAAGCUUGGGUCAGUCGGUGCUCUCGCAGUGGCAUUGGCGAGGACCAGCGAUGCCGAGAUGGAUGCACCCCUCAUGAAAAUGUUGGAGGAGGCGCCGCUUUCUGCGUUCCGGGUCUCCGCCGAGUUGAAGAUCACGGCAGCAGAGGCUCGGUACUUGCUACAAGAUGCUGAGCAAAGGGCCAUCUUAGCACGAGAUGACGCACCAGAAUGUGCAUCGUGGAUGCGUUCAUGCAUCCAGUUAAUGCAGCAAGUCAAGCUCCCAGAACACCACACGGGCAACACACAUUGUUUGCAAGGUCUACUUUUAUAGGAACUUCUUCAACGACUAUUGAGCGCAGCAACCUUUGUACAUAAAUGCCAGAGCUGACACAUUCCUGAACGAGUCUGGGCAUAGCCUAGCCUUUGGCAAGCUGGAAAAGUGAGGAGAUGAGCAUCGAAGCCAAGUCGACUGUGGAAACUGGUUGCCAGCCAUGCAUCUCAACCAUUUGUUGCCUUCGGUUUCAUGCGUGAAAUAAGUUAUUGCUAGACUUGACAAAGCCAGCGUGCAACAUUCAGA